AUGGUUCCAUGUGACAAAUUAAUAAUCGAUUGUCAAUGGUUAAAUAAUUAUGCAAAUUGUACAGAAAUUUUUAAUGUAGUACGAUCUUUUUAUGGUUAUUGUUGUUCAUUUAAUUAUUACGAGAAAAAUAUUGAAGAAAAUGAAACUGAUAUUAGAAAAACUGUGAAAUAUGUAAAUGGUGCUGGUGAAUAUAUAUCAUUAAAAUUAACAUUGAAUUUAUCGAGCUUGUUUUAUGGAAAUCAAACAAGUAGUGUUAAGACUUUAAUUCAUGAAUGGUAUACAUUUCCCAGUCAAACAUUUGAAGAAGCGACUGUACUUCCUGGACAACAUCUCACAUUUCAAAUUAUACCAGAAAUUGUUGAAAGUUCAUCAGAUGUGAGAUCAUUUAAAAAAUCACAACGAAGAUGUAUUUUCGAUGAUGAGAUGAAAUUAAACAUCUCUUAUGAAUAUAGUUAUAAAUCAUGUUUAACUGAAUGUCGAAUACGUGAAAUAAAUCGAUUAUGUCAAUGUAAUCCAUAUUAUUAUCCAAAACUAAGUAAGUUUAAUCGUUGUGAAUUAAUAAGCAAAUUAAGUAUUUUUGUUUACUCAUUUAUUUAUAUGUUUCAGAUCGAAUAA